AUGGACUCAUACACAGUAGCACCCCCGGUGCAAGGCCAAUCUUUCUACUACUCCGACGCCACUUCACAACAAGGUCACUACACCAGCCAACCGUCCGACGUCUACUACGGCCAGAUGCAGUACCAGCAAGGCCCCCAGCGUGGCUCCGAGCAGCCCAUGUACCAGCAGCCCAUUAUGAACAUGCACCAGAUGGCCACCACCAAUGCCUUCCGGGGCGCCACCAUCAACAUGACCCCGAUAGCCUCGCCGCAGCCCUCCCAAAUGAAGCCCGCCAUCAUUGUGCAGCAAGGGUCGCCUGCUCUCAUGCCGCUGGACACACGCUUCAUCGGCACCGACCUGUAUGGCUUCCCCACAACACCGCCACUCUCGUCCUCAGGCAGCAGCAUUAGCAGCCCGCCCUCUGCCAAUGGCACCCUGCACACUCCCAUCAACGACACCUUCUUCUCCUUUGAGAAGGUCGAGGGCGUAAAGGAAGGCUGCGAGACCGACGUGCACACGGAAAUCCUCGCAAACCCGGACUGGUCGCGCUCUGAUUCCCCUCCGAUGACACCAGGUAAGUUUCGCGAACUAAUCCGAGGCACAGUGUUCAUCCACCCGCCGUCAUUGACCGCCAGCCAGACCUCCGACCUGCUCUCCGCCAACUCCUGCCCCUCGCUUUCGCCCUCUCCCUCUCCAGUCCCGACCGACCUUCUCGCCCAAUCCCAGGGCCUCUCUGCCGAGUCGGCCGGCGCAGACUUCUGCGAUCCGCGUCAGCUCACGGUUGAGCCCUCGGUGAAUGUCCCGGCCCCCCAGGACCUCCCGCCCCUGCCGACCCUCACCUGUGACGAGGAGCAGCCUCGCGCCGUCGUGGGCAGUGCGUCUGUGACGUUGCCUGUGAACGAGAACCCCUCGCCCUCCUUCACCGCGUCGACUGAGGACCCUCUGACCUCCCUGCCGACCUUCGACUCCUUCUCCGACUUGGACUCUGAUGAUGAGCUGAACCGCCUGGUGGACUUCCACCCGGGCAGCAACGCUGUCUACCUAGGUGGAAAGCGUCAGCGGGUGGACCAGUACAUUGCCGACGACGAUGGGUUCCUGAGCGAGCACAGCCUCGAGGACUCGGACGACUCGGAGAACUUCAUGCCCUCGGCCAUGCCUGCCUUCCAGUGGGACGAGUCUGCCCAUGCUCAGGCCGAGAUCGAGUCGGACUCUGCCGCCGAGGAGGAGGAAGAGAUCAAGACCAAGAAACGCAGCAGCCGCAAGUCAGCUCGCAAGAGUGCCCAGAUUGACGAGGUUGCCUACAAGAAGACCGUCGCUGUGCCCCCGGCCCCGUCGACCGAUGGCACGGUGACGGACUCGGAGCCUGCCCCCGUGUCGGUCAACCGCCGCGGUCGCAAGCAGUCUCUGACCGAGGAUCCCUCUAAGACUUUCGUCUGCACCCUCUGCUCUCGUCGCUUCCGUCGCCAGGAGCACCUCAAACGCCACUACCGCUCUCUUCACACCCAAGACAAGCCCUUCGAGUGCAACGAGUGCGGUAAGAAGUUCUCCCGCAGUGACAACUUGGCCCAGCAUGCCCGUACCCACGGUGCUGGAUCUAUUGUCAUGGGCGUCAUGGACGGAUCGGAGAGCUCCAUUCCCUUCGACGAGUCACAAGAUGCCGGGGCGCUAGGCGCGGUCAUGUACGAGUCCAACGAGGCUGGUGCUGACCGUCGGGCCGCGAAGAAGCGCAAGCGUGACUCCGCCUAA